GGGGACUUGUGCGGGGUCCCGGGCCCGCGGCGCGGCUGCGCUUUCAACAGGCGAUUUGUUGGCUGGACCGGGGCUCAUUUCCAUGCAAAGCGCCUGACAUCAGAGCACCUUUUGUUGCUAAACGCUUUCUUGAGCCUGGAGGGGAGGGAGUCAUGUGGAGUUGGAAGAGCUCAUUCUGAAAAGAGGGGUCCGACUGAACUGGCUAGCCCGGGUUCACAGGCGCCACCGCGCACUGUCCCGCCCUGCAGAGACUCUCCGGGAGGGGCGAGUCGCGUGCCGCCCGGAGCCGGUCCCCAUAGCAGAACACAGCUCCUGUGUCGUGGGGCUCCCGGCUCCCUCGCCCCGCGAGCUCCCCGCCGCCGCCAGUGGUGCCGACUCUGCUCCAGCUACCCUGUUGCUGCGCCCCGCCCCGCCAGGAAAAGUUUCUGGAGUUGUCAAUCGCGGUCAGCGCGAAUCGAGGUGCAGAGUCCUGGCCGUUGGGCUCGUACCCGGCGGAGCCCGGGGCAUGCGACGCGGGGGCGCGGCCCGGUGACGCCGCGGGCGGGGACCUUGCGCCCCGGCGGCCGACGCGCUGCUGCGGGCUGUGGGUAGCGCGGGGACCCGGACGCACGGGGACGCGGUCAUGGAGGAGGACGCGGGAGCUGCGGGCCCGGCGCCGGAGCCGGAGCCCGAGGUGGAACCCGUGCAGGAGCCUGAGCCUGAGCCCGAGCCUGAGCCUGAGCCAGAGGCCGGCACAUCCGAGGCGUUCUCCCGCCUCUGGACCGACGUGAUGGGCAUCCUGGAUGGCUCCCUGGGAAACAUUGACGACCUGGCCCAGCAGUAUGCAGAUUAUUACAAUACCUGCUUCUCUGAUGUUUGUGAGCGGAUGGAGGAGCUUCGGAAACGGCGAGUUUCCCAGGACCUGGAUGUGGAGAAACCCAACGCUGGCCCCACGUCACUUCAGCUGCGGUCCCAGCUCGAAGAGUCCCUUGGCUUCUGCAGCGCUGUGUCAACACCAGAAGUGGAAAGAAAGUACCCUCUUCAUAAAUCAAACUCGGAAGACGGCUGUGUAGGAAAAGGAGAUUGGAAGAAGAAAAAUAAAUACUUCUGGCAGAAUUUUCGAAAGAACCAGAAAGGCAUCAUGAGGCAGACUUCAAAAGGAGAAGACGUGGGCUAUGUGGCAAGUGAGAUAACGAUGAGCGACGAGGAGCGCAUUCAGCUCAUGAUGAUGGUGAAAGAGAAAAUGAUCACCAUUGAAGAAGCGCUUGCUAGGCUGAAGGAAUACGAGGCCCAGCACCGACAGUCAGCUGCCUUGGACCCUGCAGACUGGCCCGAUGGCUCCUAUCCGACUCUGGAUGGCUCAUCCACCUGCAACUCAAGAGAACAAUCAGAUGAUGAGACCGAGGAGUCGGUGAAGUUUAAGAGGUUACACAAGCUGGUCAACUCUACUCGAAGAGUCAAAAAGAAACUAAUUAGGGUGGAAGAAAUGAAAAAGCCGAGCACUGAAGGUGGAGAGGAACACGUGUUUGAGAACUCCCCAGUCCUGGAUGAAAGAUCCGCACUCUACUCUGGAGUGCACAAAAAGCCAUUUUUCUAUGAUGGCUCCCCUGAGAAACCUCCAGAAGAUGAUUCAGAGUCUCUCACCCCAUCUCCAUCAUCUAGCAGCCUGGAUACUUGGGGAGCUGGCCGGAAGUUGGUCAAAACCUUCAGCAAAGGAGAAAGUCGGGGCCUGAUUAAGCCCCCUAAGAAAAUGGGGACAUUCUUCUCCUACCCUGAAGAAGAAAAGGCCCAGAAAGUGUCCCGCUCCCUCACCGAGGGGGAGAUGAAGAAAGGUCUCGGGUCCUUGAGUCAUGGGGUAAGUACCGAUGGCGUUUUCUUCUAUGACAACCAUCGGCGUAGGCACCACUUUCUGGUGUCCCUGGAGGAGGUUCAGAGUGUCCGUAAGCAAAUCCGCUUGAAGAAAACGGAUACGAAUUACUCCUGUUCCAGAACUUUCCUCUGCCAGCGGCCCUCCAGGAAAGGAGUAAAUGGCACUACCUGUGACCUGCUGCCCCGGCCGAAGCCCAAGGGGGGCUGCGGUGGUGGCGGCGGCUGCGGCUUCCCUGGCAGGAGGGGCCGAGGGCGCACCUCGGUCAGCGAGUUCAAUAUCACCUACGUGGUGGAGCGGAGUCUCUACAGCCACCUGAACCUGACCCAGCUCGUGCGUCCUGCCUCAGACAGGACGCUGAGCAAGGCUGAGAAGCAGGACCUGAGGCGGUGCUUGCUGGAGGAGGAUGAGGAGGCGAAGAGGAAGUGGGCUGCCACGGUGGACCGCUGUACUAAAAGGGUUCUCUUGAGAAUCCACCAGAAGUCCAGAACUUGCAGUUUUGGUGGAUUCGACCUGACAAAUCGUUCUCUGCACGUUGGCAGUAAUAAUUCGGACCCUCUGGGUAAAGAGGGAGAUUUUGUGUACAAAGAGGUAAUCAAAUCGCCAACCGCCUCCCGCAUCUCUCUUGGGAAAAAGGUGAAGUCAGUGAAAGAGACAAUGAGGAAGAGGAUGUCUAAAAAAUACAGCAGCCCUGUGUCUGAGCAGGACUCGGGGCUUGAUGGAAUGCCCAGCUCUCCUGCCUCAGUAAAGCCUGACCCUGAACAUGUGGACAAGCCCAAGCUCAAAGCCGGGGGUUCUGUAGAAAGCCUUCGGAGUUCUCUGAGCGGCCAGAGCUCAAUGAGUGGCCAGACGGUGAGCACCACCGAUUCCUCCACCAGCAACAGGGAAAGCGUCAAGUCAGAAGAUGGAGAUGAUGAAGAGCCACCCUACCGGGGUCCCUUCUGUGGGCGUGCCCGCGUGCACACUGACUUCACCCCCAGUCCUUAUGACACAGACUCUCUGAAGCUCAAGAAAGGAGAUAUCAUUGAUAUAAUCAGCAAGCCACCCAUGGGUACCUGGAUGGGCCUGUUGAACAACAAAGUCGGCACGUUCAAGUUCAUCUAUGUGGAUGUGCUCAAUGAGGAAGAGGAGAAGCCCAAGCGUCCUGCCCGGAGGAGGAGGAAGGGAAGACCACCCCAGCCCAAGUCUGUGGAGGAUCUCCUGGACCGGAUCAACCUGAAGGAACACAUGCCCACUUUCUUGUUCAAUGGCUACGAAGACCUGGACACCUUCAAGCUCCUGGAGGAAGAAGACUUAGAUGAGUUAAACAUCAGGGACCCAGAACACAGAGCAGUUCUCUUAACGGCGGUGGAGCUUUUACAGGAAUACGACAGUAACAGUGACCAGUCUGGGUCCCAGGAGAAGCUGCUGGUGGAUAGCCAAGGCCUGAGUGGAUGUUCCCCUCGAGACUCGGGUUGCUACGAAAGCAGCGAGAACUUGGAAAAUGGCAAAACUCAAAAACUCAGCGUUCUGGCUACCAAGUCAUCCACAGACUCCAACUUAAAGUCUUUCAACAGGAGUCAACCAGGCAAUUACCCAACAUUGCCUUUAACAAAAUCAGUAGAGGUGCGCAAGCCGGGAGAGGAGAGCAGGCUGGGACGAGGUCUAGCCCCAGACACUACCAAGCGUUGUGAUGUGCCCUGUGUGACUGGUGUGAAUAAAAACCGAAGGAGCCUCCCGGUCUCCAUCUGUCGCAGCUGUGAAACCUUGGAGGGCCCUCAGCCAGUGGAGAGUUGGCCCCGAUCCCAUUCCCUGGAUGACCUUCAGGGAGAUGCUGGUGCUGGCAAGGAUGUGCCCAGCGAGGCGCAGGAAGUCUGUCCUCAGAAUGUACCAGAAGUGCCACAGAAGACAUCUGCCUGCACCUCUGGGGCUCUACCCCGAGGCCAAGGUCCUACUGCGGAAGACGUGAUGCUUCUGACCCAAAGCAAGAGAUUUUCUGAGCCCCCGAAAAUGAUGGCUAAGAAACUAGAUGGCUCCGCAGUGGCCCCUAACCUUGGCAUAUCUCCCCCUCAGUGUGUACCCAGAAAUCUCGAGGCUCAGCCUCCAGUUAAACCCGGCUUAACAAGGACGUCUCUUGAGGGUCACAGAAAAGGACAUGACCACCACCCCCUGGGCACCAAAGAAGGGACAGAUGGGGAGCAGAGCGCCCCGGAGACCAGGCCGCAGCCCAGACAUCCAUCGCAGCCUCCACCAGUGCCUGCCAAGAAGAGUCGAGAGCGCCUGGCCAAUGGCCUGCACCUGGUCCCCAGCCUAGAGGCGCCCACCCUGCCGCUGAAGAAGGUCAGCCCGGCCAGCCCUGCCAGCCCCGCAAGCCCUUGUGACUGCCCCUCUCUCCGGGAGCCCAGGCCUCCCUCGGGGGCUGAGCCUGGCAGCCCAUCCUGUGCAAGACCUCCACCCUGGCUGGCGGAGCUGCCCGAGAGCACCAGCCUGCAAGAGCACGGUGUGAAGCUGGGCCCAGUGCUGAGCAGGAAGGUUUCCUGCGUCCGGGGCGUGGACCUGGAGAUGCUCAUUGAGAACAAGCUGCAGGCCGAGGGCAUUGAUCUCACCGAGGAGCCCUACUCUGAUAAGCAUGGCCGUUGUGGGAUCCCUGAAGCUCUGGUGCAGAGAUAUGCUGAGGACUUAGAUCAGCCCGAGAGGGAUGUUGCCACCAAUAUGGACCAGAUCCGGGUGAAGCUGCUUCGGAAGCAGCAUCGGAUGGCGAUCCCAAGUGGUGGGCUCACGGAAAUCUGCAGAAAGCCACUCUCUCCGGGAUGUGUCGCAUCCGUGUCGGAUUGGCUCAUUUCCAUUGGCCUGCCCAUGUACACCAACACCCUUUCUGACGCAGGGUUCAGCAUGCUGAGCCAAGUGCCUUCCCUGUCCCACACUUGCCUUCAGGAGGCCGGCAUCACCGAGGAGCGACACAUAAGGAAGCUCAUAUCCGCAGCCAGACUCUUCAAACUGCCACCAAGCCCUGAGGCCAUGUAGCCAGGCCUGCCACGGCCCUCCCUGGACAAGAGCCAGCCUUCCACUGUGCUUAUGAAGCUGAUACAAUCCCUCCAUAUCUGCUGGGGUUGACCUGACCCAGAAGGAAAGCCCCUGUGAGGGGCUCACACAUCGCAGGAUUAGGACCAGAACCAAGGAAAAAGGACCCCUAUUCCAAGGAAAUCAGUGUGGUUCUUUUUGAUCCCCAAAGGCAAGACAAGCACUUAGUUUUCUUUUCAGAUACAGAAAAGCCAAGAUGCCAACUUCUUGCAAACCCUGGGCAUCCAGUCUGUCUUUGUGCUGGCAGAGGGCUAGGAGGAGCGGACGAGGCAGCUCACUCCUGUCUGAUCGUGCUCUCGUCCACCUGUUGGUCACCCCGCUGGAUGCUGAAGCCCGAUGGGCUGAGCUAGGCCAAAGCAACAGACUCUGGAGUUACUGGACACUAUGGACCAUCCUCAUUUGUUCAAAAUCCGAGAACAGCUGAGUACACCCAGAACAGUCCUACUCUCCUGUAGAUAAACAAGGGACAUUUUAAUUGCUUCCUAGCAAUUACUUUUAUUUGCCUUAAUAUAAACUUUUAAUCAGUUAUCUAUCUAGUGUCCGCAACCCUUAACCCUAGGUUCCAAAUCUUCAGCUUAGACUGCCGUCUAACGUGUUUGGGGUGUUUCCAGCAAAAAUAGUCUUUUUUUUUUUUUUUUUUUU